AUGUAAAGAAAGAAUUGGAAACUAGAAGUAUGUAUUUUAUUUAAUACAAAUUAGGAAGAUAAUGCAUUAUUAUAGAAUUGUUAACAAUUAAAUUUUAAUUGGAAAAGAGUUUCAAAAAAUAUGAAUUAAAUGGGAUUUAAAAGAUCUGGUAAAUCUUGUAAAGAAAGAUUCCAAAAUCAAUUAAACCCUCAUAUUAAUAAAGAUUAAUGGUCUCAAAAUGAAAUUGAUAAACUUUUUGAGUUGUAAAUUAAACAUGGAAAUAAAUGGGUAUUAAUUAUGAUUUAUAUUUAGAGAAUCAUUGCCAAAGAAUUACCAAAUAGAACUGAUGGACUUAUUAAAAAUUAUUUUUAUUCUCUAGUUAGAAAAGUUCUACGUCGUCUAUCUAAAGCUGUUAAUAGAAAUAAAAAUGGUAUAUUUAUAAAUAUAAUUGAUCUAGGUUCUAAAAUGACUAAGACUUUAAAACCUUCAGUAAUCUCAUAAAUCUUUUGUGCAAAUUAGAAUGAAACCAAAUAGUCACCAAUUAAUUUAGAAUUUGCUUACUUAUUUAGAAAUAUGAUAUUCAAGUAUAAAAAUUAUAACUUGUCUUAAAAAAUUGAUAAUGAAGAUAUUAGCAAAAUAAAAUUAAUAUUUCUUACGUUACAAAAAUUAAAGUACUUUGAUACCUUAUUUUUAGUGAAUCUUAUAAUANCAUGUUAAAGGUAUAAAAUUACAUAUUUAUUUAGAGGUGGAGCUUGUAAUUACUUACAUCUAAAGAAGAUCUCUACCAAAUUUAAAAAAAGUUUAUUCAAUUAAAUGUAUGAAGAACAUCCUGAUUUUAAAGAAAAAAAAGAAAAAGAAAAUAUUGAGUAUUAAUUAUUUAGAAUAUUAUUUAUUUAGAAAAAGCCCUAAAAAACAUAAAAAGAAAGAAAAGAAAUCAAAAAAGAAAAAGAGUAGUAGUAGUAGAGAAUCUAGUAGAAGAAAUUCAAUUGAAAGAUAAAAAAUGAUUAAUGAUUGGAAUGAAACUGGAAUUUAAAAUGUAAUUUAUAUUUAAUAAACAUUAUUAAUUAGGUUUCAUAAGCAUAAAAACUGAUGUAUGGAAAUAAUAUGCCUGCUCCUGUUUAUACUCCAAAAGUAUCAAUGCGAACAAGUCCUGAAUUAUUACAAUUAUAACUAUAAUUAGCUGCAUUAAAAGAAUAAUUAGCUGCUAUUAAAAUGAGUUGAACAUGCU